AGUAACAUUUACUACAAACCGGAAAUUCAGUGAUCUGAUGCAAGAUAGAGUGCGAAGCGUGCGAUAAUCGGUUUCUCUGAAAUUCAACGCAUUAACAGAUUUUUUUGUGACCCUUUGUUUUAACAAAUUACAUAAGUCAUGGCAGACGAAGACCUAAUGGCUUUUGACCCCACUAUGAAGAAAAAAAAGAAGAAGAAGAAGACUGGAUUUGACUUGGAUGCAGCUAUGGGAGAAGACAGUGGUUCAGCUGCUGAUGUACAACCCACACCUGCCCCAGCUCCAGUAGAGGAGGAGGAGGAAGAGAUGCCAGCAACACUGUCAGCACCAGAGAAAGUACCUGAUGAUUUCUCUAUGGAUUUUACAAGUAUGAAGAAAAAAAAGAAGAAGAAGAAGGCUUUUGAGUUAGACGAAGUGGGAGAUGCUUUACCUGAAACCACAGAAUCUGAGACUAUACAAUCAACAGUAGGUGAAGCAGAGUUUAAUGUUGAAGACUUGGAAUUUACGAAAAAGAAGAAGAAAAAGAAGAAGCCAGUUAAUAUUGAUGGAGGGGCAGAGGAUGGCCAAGAUGAUGAAGAACAGAUUGGUGACGAUUCUGGAUCACACACUGCUUGGGUUGGUUCUGACAGAGACUAUACAUAUGAUGAGCUUCUAACAAGAUUUUUUGACAAAAUGAGAGAGAAGAACCCAGACAUGAUAGCUGGAGAAAAGAAAAAGUUUGUUAUGAGACCCCCUCAAGUGCUUAGAGUUGGUACCCGAAAAACUUCUUUUGCAAAUUUUGCAGAUAUUUGUAGAUUGUUACACAGACAGCCUAAACACGUCCUCGCUUUCUUGUUAGCUGAGUUGGGUACAAGUGGCUCUGUUGACGGUAAUAACCAACUUAUAAUUAGAGGCAAAUACACCCAAAAGCAAAUAGAAAAUGUUCUCAGAAGAUAUAUCAAGGAGUACGUAACUUGUCAUACCUGCAGAUCUCGAGACACCUUACUGCAGAAAGACACACGUCUCUUCUUCCUUCAGUGUGAGACAUGUGGCAGUCGAUGUUCUGUUGCUAGUAUCAAAACAGGUUUUCAGGCAGUUACAGGCAAAAGAGCAGCCAUUCGUGCAAAGACGGCUUAGAAGAUUGGUUUUAUAUAGUGUUUUAUAUGUAAAUUUGACUGCGUGUUUGAAUGGUUUAGGCUGUUGUUUUUUUAUUUCACUAGUUACUUUCUCUCAGUGUCUGCUGCGAGCCGUGAGAGUCUACAAGCCACAUAUACCCGAGUGCAAUUUUGCUCAGUUGGUUGAUUGUUUCUCUUCAUCGCCUGGUGGGCAAGUGAAGUUUUUUUUUACCAUAGGAGUGUUUCUUUUUGUUUAGUUUGGUACAUGAUCUGUGAACCAUGGGUGUUUAAAGGUAAACACAAGAGAUGUGCACUCAGCUUGUGAGAGUUUUAUUAUCAAAUGAAACUGUGAAAGUAACUUGUUCCUGUGAUAGUGUACCAUAGCUAAGCUCAUGCUCUAAUGUAUGUAAGAACUAGUUGGUUCAUUGUAAAUUGGUUGAUGCAGUACUAUUUAAAGAAUAUUGGAAAUGGCAACUUUCAUUGUAAAUUUAGUUAUUUUGAAACCUUUUAGGGUUAAGCAAAGAUUCUUACAACAUGUUUUAUGCAGAGAUGGCUAUUGCAUUUAGACCAGUAUAUGUUGUGACCCACUGAUGAAAGUUUGGAUCAGUCAUAAAAACAGUAUGAAUGAAGUCUUGUUUGUAUGUAAAGUUAUUUGUAAAAUAGGAUGAUGGAACUGGAAUGUCAUACAUUUUUCUAAUUUUAUUUUUCUAAUUUUUUCAACAAUGUUAGUAAGGGAGGCUAGAAAUGUGUUGGUUUGUGCUGGAUGACUUCUUAAAGUGAUGGGUGUAUUUAUUUCUGUAUUUUAUUACUCUAUUCACUGACUGCAAGACAUGUUUAGUGUAUAAAUCUAAGUUUGGUGCUGUUCACCUUGACUUGGUUGGAUAUAGAUACUGAUAGAUGCUUGUAUCCAAGUUACACUUUGUCCUCAAGUUGAAGACUUGGUUGGAUAUAGAUACUGAUAGAUGCUUGUAUCCAAGUUACACUUUGUCCUCAAGUUGAAGACAGGUAUGUCCACAAGUGUGUUGCCAUGUGAAGGCAGGGCAACAAGAGAACUCAUUUCCCCAGUAGUAUUUUAAGAUUUUCAACAACAGAUUUUUAAGGUUUGGGUGAAAAUCUUUAUAUUAAAAAAUCAUUUUCAUGUCUGUGUGAAUGAUGCAGUGUACUUUUCUUUUUGGUUGGGGGGAAAUGAUUUGUCUAAUGAUGUAUAUUAAAUGCUAUCAAAUUAUUUC